AUGGCCGAAGACGAAGGAACCGAGUGGCUGUUGGAAUUGCUGCGAGACGUCCAGCUCUCACAAUUCUACACCCGAAUCCGGGACGACCUCCAGGUGACCAUGUUGCACCACUUCGACUACGUCCAGUCCGAAGACCUGGAGAAAAUCGGGCUAGGCAAGCCGGGAAUCCGGCGCCUGAUGGACGUAGUGAAGAAGAAACGCGCUGCGCAGAAGAAGAAAAAUUUGAUCACUAAAAUCCGUCCGGGAAGCAGCGGUAAGACCAGCAAGAGGUCUUCUACCGCAGUUUCUGCAGAAACAUCACUCCUGACCUGCUUAAUCCAAGACAAAGACGUCACCUUGUCCGUCAAACUGGGUGACGGAAGCUUCGGCGUGGUCCGUCGAGGAGAAUGGACAUCUCCAACAGGAAGAACUCUCCCCGUGGCUGUCAAAGUUUUAAAAGCAGACGCGCUGACCCAGCCAAGCGUGAUUGAAGACUUUGUGUCUGAAGUCCAGGCGAUGCACACUCUGGACCAUCAUAAUUUAAUCAGACUCUACGGAGUAGUUCUGUCCCAGCCGAUGAUGAUGGUCACCGAGCUCGCGCCUCUCGGAGCGCUCCUGGACUACUUGCGGAAGCAAUGCGGGCAUAUUUUGAUCCUGACCAUGUGCGACUACGCGCUGCAAGUUGCUACAGGGAUGGCUUACCUGGAGGCUAAGCGAUUUCUCCACCGAGACCUGGCGUGUCGCAACGUUCUGUUGAGCUCAGUUGACAAAAUAAAAAUCGGCGACUUCGGGCUGAUGCGAGCCUUGCCCCAGCAGGAAGACUGCUACGUCAUGACGGAGCACAAGAAGGUUCCCUUUCCCUGGUGCGCGCCUGAAUCCUUGAAAGCUAGACAGUUCAGCCACGCUUCCGAUGUCUGGAUGUUCGGGGUGACUCUCUGGGAGAUGAUGACCUUCGGUGAAGAGCCCUGGGUCGGUCUGAACGGCUCGGAGAUCCUCAGGAAGAUUGACCGGGAAGGCGAACGGCUGUACGAGCCAGAAGCCAGUCCUCCGGCGAUUUACCAGCUGAUGCUACGCUGCUGGGCGCGGGACCCUGCGGAGAGGCCGAGUUUCGCUUCGCUUCGCGAGUCACUGACCGGGAUGGUUCCGCCUGUUAUGAAGGCGCUCAACCGCUUCGAAGAAACUGACAAGAUGAGCAUCGAGCAGGGUGACCAGAUUGUCAUUAUUGAUGGUCGUCCGGAGAACUACUGGUGGAAAGGCCAGAACCAGAGGACUUUCCAGGUCGCUGCGUUCCCCAGGUGUCUCGUUGAUCCGAUGCGUCGGAAACAACCUGAGGACAUCAGCAAGCCCCUGGAGAACUCGUUUAUUCACACGGGCCAUGGAGCUCCCUUUGGAAAGAGCUGGGGAAGUCCUCAGUUCAUUGAUGAUGUCUACUUGAGGAAUCCUAUGGAGCCGCCAGAUGUCGUUGGGGUUAUUGAAAAAAAGUUUGCUCACAGCGCAGCACGCUCGAGGAAGCAGUUUAAUUAUACUAGGUUUCAAAACGACUUGCGUUCUAGUCCAGUUAAAACUUUAAAUACUACGCAGGAAGGCAGUCUUAUUGACUUAUCGCCUGAAGAACUGGCUCUUAGUGCCAGUGGGUUGAGAUCUGAGUCAUGCAGGAGGGUGGUUAAUAUACUCGAUGAGCCUAUUGAGGGUGAAGAAGAUCCGACCUAUGAAAACUUUCCAGGUAAUUCUUCUCAAGAUCCUUUUGACACUUCAAGGGUGUUCGUGAACCCCUCAAGAUACUACAGCCACGUCCCAGACUCAGGACAGUCUUACAUGAACGUCCAAGAAGACAAGUCUCAAUACUCAAGCGAGAUAACUCAGUAUUCAAUAAAUCUGAACAAAGAUAUCAGAAGCGAGAAUACUAAUUUAAAUGUCAAUUUACCUGACACUGAACAUACCAGAGAAAUUUACAGCGAGGUCAAUAAAUUACAGACCACUUGGCCGGAAGAUUUGCCAGACCAGCAGUAUGCUAAUGUUCGUCCUACGACAAGUCAACAACCCCCAGUGCCGCCUGUCGGGCCUAAUGAAAGCCCUUCGAAGCCAAAAUCUAACCACGACAUUGCUCAGACCAUGAGCGAGUUGACUAUCGAGACUGAUACGACCAAGAAAUUAGACCCGGCGUUCCUGGCGGAGUUGGAGAAGCAUUUAGGCGCUAAAGAAGUUUGUAAGAACUCUAAUGAACUCCAGGUGAGACUUAGACCACCUCCACAGUCUAAGCGAUCUCCUCAAGGCGCAAGUUCACCAAUGGCUUUGCCAACCAAGGUCCAGAACUCUUGGCCGAGUAAGAAUGUCAAUGUGAGACCUGUAAGUCAAAAUUAUUCAGCGUCUGGGAGUAAUAAUGUCCCGGAAAGUUCUACAGAUGCUAUUAUUGGUCAGAUGUGGCAGCAGCAAAAUUAUUCAGCUAAUAAUCAAAAUAUUCCACAAGUUGAUCGUGGUCAGUCUUCUAAUUUGCUGCAGAUUGCUAGCAGGCCAAAUUACUCGAGUAACUUCCAGCAAAACUUCACAUUACCGACAUUGACGCACGUGCAAAAUGAUUUGCAGCCAACCAGAGCAGCGCCUCCUAGACCAUCAAAUGUUCCUGCUGGAGCGCUUCUUUCCGAAAAAGUUUACGCUGAAUUAAGGGAAACAGUGCCAAAUUUAGACCAGUUGUCCCAGAGUGAAUUUAAUACUCUUUAUAAUAAGACUGUCCAGCAGAAUAUUCUGAGAAACCAACAGCAGCAGCAAGCUAUAAAUUUAAACGCUAGUAUUAAUGGAAAUGUUGGUAACAGUAAUGGUAAUAUAAUUAAUCAGAGCCAAACAUUACCUCGUAAUUACGGCACGCAGGUAGAUCAUCCGUUUGAUUUUAGUCCGAGUUUAAAACAGCCUCCGGUUUACAAUCCUCCUCCCGCGUGGAGCCCCAAGACUCCCAAUGGGUUUAAAAAUAAUGCUCAGGCUAACUUGAUACAAUUCACUCCUUCGAGAUCUCCAGGGGCUGCUGGACCAGCGAGAAGCUUGCUUCCGAUGAUGAAUGAGACUGUUGUUAAUACUCAGCUGGCACCUUCCACGUCAGCGUAUCCUUCAGGAGUCAGUCCGCCGUUGACCGGCGCCUCACAGCAGCUGGUUAUGUCGCUCAAUGAUGAAUUUCGCGCGAGCAAGGUCAUGAAAGUACAAAAAGAUACGGGAGAUGCUUCCCAGAAAGAAAUUUUGGCUGCACUGCAAGCUACUGGGUGGGAUACCAAUCAGGCUUCUAAACAGAUUCUUAAAGAUCGGCAGGCGAAGAUUGAAUCGCUGUCAAGAUUAGGUUUGGCGAGCAAGCAACAGUGCGAAGGUGCCUUGAAACAAACAGAGUAUGACGUGGAACUAGCUGCUUCUUUAUUAUUAGACCGAGUGAGAUAG